GCGGCUGCCCCGGCCAUGCAGUCCCGCGUGCUGUGCCUGGGCGGCGGCGGCGGCAGCGGCAGCGGCAGCGGCGGGGCGGCCGCGCGGCGGGUCCGGCUGCUGCUGCAGCAGGCGUCGCGGGGCCGGGCGGCGGCGGCGGGCGCGGGGCCACCGCUCCGGGCGCUGCACCGCGCCGCAGGUGAUACUGUCACGAUAGGAGAUGUAUCAUUUAAACUCAAAACUCCAAAGAACCCAGAACUUGUGCCACAGAAUUACAUUUCAGAUUCUUUGGGUCAAUCUGUCAUCCAUCAUCUAAGAUGGAUAAUGCAGAAAGAUCUUUUGGGGCAGGAUGUUUUUCUUAUAGGUCCCCCUGGGCCCCUUCGUCGAUCCAUUGCCAUGCAGUAUCUGGAGCUGACCAAGCGGGAGGCUGAGUAUAUUGCACUAUCCAGGGACACUACAGAAACUGACCUCAAACAACGCAGAGAGAUCCGGGCUGGGACUGCUUUUUAUAUUGAUCAGUGUGCAGUCCGUGCGGCUACAGAAGGGAGAAUCCUUGUGUUGGAAGGCUUGGAGAAGGCAGAGCGGAACGUCUUGCCAGUGUUAAACAAUUUGUUGGAAAACCGGGAAAUGCAGCUUGAGGAUGGACGAUUUCUUAUGUCUGCUGAACGCUAUGACAAACUGUUACAGGAACAUACUAAAACUGAGUUAGAUGCAUGGAAGAUUGUUAGAGUCAGUGAAGAUUUUCGAGUGAUAGCAUUAGGACUUCCAGUACCAAAGUAUUCUGGUAAUCCAUUGGACCCUCCUCUUCGUUCUCGAUUCCAAGCCAGAGAUGUUUAUUAUCUACCCUUUAGGGACUGUCUUCAGCUAUUAUACUCAGUUGGAUCCAACAUUUCUGCAGACAGAAUUUCUCAGCUCUUGUCUUUUGCUGCAACUCUUUGCUCCCAAGAGUCGUCAACACUGGGGCUUCCAGAUUUUCCAUUAGACAGUUUAUCUGCUGCAGUUCGGAUUAUGGAUUACUUUCCGAUGAUGUCAAUCCAGCAUCUAAUCAAAUGGCUUUACCCUUAUAAUGUUUUCCUGGGAAAAGAAGGUAGGACUGCAGUUGAAGAUGCAUUAAAACGUUUUAAACUAAAGGAUUCAGGAAGCCAUUUGUGUCCCAGUAGUAUUACAAAAGUGGAAAGUGUACAAGGAAGCAAGACCUUACAGGCUGAUGUAACUGUCCAGAUUGGUGAAAAAGAAGUUACAUUCCAGGUUCCAGCUGGAACUAGACCAUUAAACCUGUAUUCUGGAUCAGAUACUUUUAUAAAGACAUCCAGUCAUAAGCAGUUCCUGGCAGAAAUGAUGCAGUCACAUAUGGUUAAGGAUAUGUGUUUAAUUGGAGGAAAAGGCUGCGGCAAAACAGUUAUUGCUAAGGAAUUUGCCGAUAUCCUAGGAUACAACAUAGAACCUAUCAUGCUGUAUCAGGAUAUGACAGCUCGAGAUUUGCUGCAGCAAAGGUACACUCUACCUAAUGGAGACACUGCUUGGAGACCAUCUCCGCUUGUAACUGCUGCCCUGGAAGGGAAGCUUGUUAUUCUUGAUGGUAUUCAUCGUGUCAACUCUGGCACCUUGGCUGUCCUACAGAGGCUAAUCCAUGACAGAGAACUAACUCUGUAUGAUGGCACCAGGUUACUACGAGAAGACAGGUAUCAACAGUUAAAAGAAGAUUUGCACCUCUCAGAUGAGAAACUUCAGGAAAGGUCUAUCUUUCCGAUCCACUCCUCAUUCAGAAUAAUUGCCUUGGCGGAGCCACCUGUCCUUGGAAGUAGCACACAACAAUGGCUGGGCCCAGAGCUUUUAACUCUGUUUCUCUUUCACAAUGUGAAAUCCUUAACCAAGAAUGAAGAAUUUCAAGUUAUUAAAGAAAUGAUUCCAAAUGUGCCCAAAGUUGCAGUAGAACAGUUGUUAUCAUUAACACACAAGCUUCGGAAAACUAAUGACCCCACCGCACAGUCACUGGCAUCAUCUUUAUCCACACGACAGUUAUUACGAAUUUGUCGACGGCUAUCUCAGUAUCCAGAUGAAAGUCUUUAUCAUGCUGUCGAUAAGGCCUGUCUCUCCAGGUUUUUGCCAAACCUUGCAAGAUCAGCUUUGCAUAAAAAUUUGCUGGAUUCUGGGAUUGAGACAAGUCCAGAUGAUAUAAGGAAACUGGAGGAGAAGAAUUAUAGUUAUGAAGUACAUAAUGGUAUUCUGAAGAUAGGGUCUACCAGUAUGCCGAUCUAUAACCCCAGUGAGAAAAUGAAAGUGCCUGAUGUUCUGUUUUAUGAAAACACCCAGCACAUGAUGGUGAUGGAGGAUAUGCUAAAGGACUUUUUGCUAGGAGAACACCUGCUUUUAGUUGGCAACCAGGGUGUGGGAAAAAACAAGAUUGUUGACAGAUUCCUUCACCUGUUAAACAGACCUAGAGAAUAUUUACAGCUUCAUAGAGAUACUACUGUACAGAGCCUUACCCAGCAGCCUUCAGUUAAAGAUGGUCUUAUUAUGUAUGAAGACUCACCACUGGUGAAAGCAGUCAAGUCAGGGCAUAUCCUGGUUAUUGAUGAGGCAGACAAAGCUCCAACAAAUGUUACCUGUAUUUUAAAAACUUUAGUGGAAAGUGGAGAAAUGAUUCUGUCAGAUGGGAGGCGCCUUGUUGCCAAUCCUGCUACUGUAGAUGGGAGAGAAAAUGUAAUAGUAAUUCAUCCGGAUUUUAGAAUGAUAGUUCUAGCAAAUAGACCUGGAUUUCCUUUCUUGGGAAAUGACUUUUUUGGCACCCUAGGGGAUAUUUUUAGCUGCCAUGCUGUUGACAAUCCCAAACCACAGUCAGAGCUUUCUAUGCUUAAACAGUAUGGUCCUGAUGUUCCCAAGCAAGUUCUUCAGAAACUGGUAGCUGCUUUUGGAGAACUGAGGAGCUUGGCUGACCAAGGAAUUAUUAACUAUCCUUAUUCAACCAGAGAAGUUGUGAAUAUCGUAAAACAUUUGCAGAAAUUUCCAACCGAAGGGCUUGCAGAUGUGGUACGAAAUGUAUUUGACUUUGACUCCUACAACAAUGAAAUGCGUGAGACUCUUAUCAACACUUUGCACAAACAUGGAAUACCUAUUGGAGCAAAACCAACCAAUAUACAGCUGGCUAAGGAGCUACCAUUGCCAGAUCAUAAAUUUAUGGGCUACUGGAGAGUUGGUCAGUCAGGGAAUGCACAGCAAAAACUGCUGUGCCCAACAGAAACUCAGCACGUAAAUGUAAAGGGCCCAGUUUAUUUAAACAUUCAGGGAUUUCCAUUGGAACGGCACGAAGCUAGGUCCCUCAGUUUCACAGAAGAACUUGCUUUUUGGACCCUGCCUUUGAAUGAAGUGAACUUAGUCUGUGACAUCGCUGUAGCACAAGAAGAGGCUGACAAUAUUCUUUAUGUGGCUACAUGCAAUCCGAUUUCUUUAUAUUUUAUGAAUGUUUCCGGUAAAAAUGGCUACUUUGUAGAUUUUUAUGACCUUUUCCCAAGAACAGUUGGAAGUAUGUGGCAGCCCUUUGUGACUGUGGCCCCACUGGGAAAUCCACUGAAAGGUCAAGUGAUUCUACAUGAACAGCAGAGUAAUGUAGUCUUGUUGCUGGAUACAAACAAUGGGACCAUUCGUCGACUUUUAUUCUCACCAGAAGCUGAAGAAGCUCCUAAGAGAAUGUCCUGGUGGGGCAACAAGGAAGAACUGAGCAAUCACAAAAUGUGCAGAGAGUUUUCACAUAAAAACUGGCUGGUGUUCUACAAAGAAGGAGGAAACUAUCUUACUGUGCUGGAUGUACUGGAGGGUCAGACUCAUACCAUCUCGCUACCUAUCAAUCUCAAAUCUGUUUUCCUAGUGGCUGAAGAUCGUUGGCUUGUGGUGGAAAACAAUACAAAUCAGAAAUUUCUUUUAACCAAGCAAGUGCAUAUGGAAUCUGAAGAGAGUGGAGUUUGUCAGCUGCAUGUGUUGAGUGAUGAACCAGUUGACACAGGAUUUGGUUUAACAGCAGCAUCAGAAUUGUGUGUGCCACAUGCAGUAUCAAGUGACCAGCUAUCUUCAGAAAAUCUAAGUGUGGCUGUGGGACAAAAGAUCAGCUCUCCCAACAGAAUUAUCUCGGAUGAGCAUAAUUAUGCUACCAUUGUCGUUGGCUUCCCAGAUCUUAUGUCUCCCAAUGAGGUGUACAGCUGGAGGAGAAGAUCUUCUUUGAGCAGCAGGCAUGCUUCUCCUUCUGAUCCCUUUUACUAUGGAGGACUCAGGAAAACUGGAGCUCCCAAACAAAUCAAUUGCAUGGCUUUAUUGGCUUCAAAUCAGGUAGUCAGAAUUUUAGCACCUGGAGACGUGCCUUUGAAGGAGAUUUACCCAAAAGAAGUCACUCCUCCACCAACAGCUGGGUAUAUGGAAAUAACAGACCUAAACUCAAAAAAACUUAAAUACAUCCCUAUUCCUAGGUCAGGAUCUCUUUCACUAUAUACAUCAUGGCUGUCAAAGAUUUCAGACACAGAUGUUCUGUUGGCACCACUGGGCAAAGUAGGCUUGGUUACCGUGGACAUGGGAGGCAGUGUCAGACUUUGGGAGACAGGACUUGAUAGUCUACAGCGCUCUCUGCAGGACUGGAGAAAUAUGAUUGGACAAGAGGAUGGUAGACCCAUGCAGAUAACCAUCGAGAGAGACAGUGGUUUGGAUGUGAGCUCCCCUAAGCAUGGAAAGAUAGAUCAAGACAACAUGCCUCAUGUUGGUGGGAAUACCUGGGCUGGUGGAACAGGUGGGAGAGACACAGCAGGGCUGGGUGGCAAAGGUGGGCCCUAUCGACUGGAUGCUGGUCACAAGGUUUACCAGAUAUCUCAAGCUGAGAAAGAUGCUGUUCCAGAGGAGGUGAAGAGAGCUGCAAGGGAAAUGGGUGAAAAGGCUUUUAAACAGAGAUUAAAGGAGAUCAAGAUGAGUGAAUAUGAUGCAUCUACUUACGAAAGGUUCUCUGGAGCGGUCCGACGGCAAGUUCAGUCACUUCGAAUCAUUCUAGAUAAUCUGCAGGCCAAAGGUAAAGAAAGGCAAUGGCUGAAACACCAAGCUGUUGGAGAGCUAGAUGACGCCAAAAUAAUUGAUGGACUGACCGGAGAAAAGGCCAUUUAUAAACGAAGGGGAGAACUUGAGCCACAGCCUGGGAGCCCCCAGCAGAAGCCUAAACGUUUACGCCUGGUAGUAGAUGUUUCUGGCAGCAUGUACCGCUUUAAUGGGGUUGAUGGUCGACUGGAGCGCUCUAUGGAGGCUGUCUGCAUGGUCAUGGAAGCCUUUGAGAAUUACGAGCACAAGUUUAAGUACGAUAUCGUUGGACAUUCAGGCGAUGGCUUCAACAUUGCGUUGGUUGGGAGUGACAAAGUUCCUAAAAACAAUAAGCAAAGAUUAGAGAUUCUGAAGAUAAUGCACGCACAUGCUCAAUUCUGUAUGAGUGGAGACCAUACACUGGAAGGGACAGAGCAUGCUGUUCGUGAAAUUGCCAAAGAAGAUGCUGAUGAGUACUUUGUCAUAGUCUUAAGCGAUGCAAACUUGGAGCGAUAUGGUAUCCCACCAGCAAGGUUUGCCCAGGCCUUGACACUCAACCCACAAGUGAAUGCCUUUGCUAUAUUCAUAGGAUCCUUAGGAGACCAAGCAGACAGGCUGCAGAGGACACUACCAGCAGGCCGGUCUUUUAUUGCCAUGGAUACCAAGCAGAUCCCACAGAUCAUGCAGCAGAUCUUUACAUCCACCAUGUUGUCAAGUGCCUAAGUGUCCUUACUGGUAAAUAAUUAGGUGUUGUACUGCAUGCCCCCUAAGCCCAUAAUAGUGACAAAAUAAAACUGCCUCUGUAGAUAACAAUUAUAUUUGCCAUCAGUUUUAAGUUUCUUUAUAUAUCCAAAUAGAUAUAUAAGUACAUAUAAAUGCUCUUUAAUUAGAAUGUCCAAACCAAUUCUGUAGCAUAGAUUUGGGGGAAAUUCUCCAGCUCAGCUGCAGGGUGACUUGAAGGUUUGUGUCCAGAGAGGGUGGUAUAAUGUUCAAUAUGCCCUGUCAAAUGAAUGAUUUCCAAAGGAUCAGCUGAAAGACAAAUUGUAACCAUUAAGGAUACUGUAUUGCUAGCAGCUCAGAUUGAACCAUAACAUCAUCUUUUCAUUUUAUUUUAUUAAGGGCAUUUCUUGGUCAUCUAAGGCUGAUAUCCAAUGUAUGCAACCAUGUGCAAGUCAGAUGCUGCUGAUCCACCCCAGUGUAUUGUGCACUUUGUUUAGAAUUAGAAAUAUAAGCAACAGCAUGUGCAAACAAAACUGCUCUUUUCAGAUAGGAAAGCCUUCCUUCCUCUGAGACUACUUUCUUGUCCUGAUCAGCAUUGAACCUUUGCCAUUGGAUGCUGGGGACAAUAGCACAGAAUACUGCAACCUAAACAUGCGCUAAGUGAUCAGGCAGACUGCUCAGUGUUGUCAAAGCCCAGAGAGAAAAGAGCAUUUUUUUAAAAAAUGUUGAUUCCCUGUCUCAAUUAAUUUUUCAAGGAUGGGGAACGGAAAGGGCAAAGAAUGGUUUUGAGACCCACCUGCCAACGCUCUAAAAGAGGGAACCACCCCGAUUUUCCCACUGCAUGGUGGAAGACGAGGGCCAGGGUCUUGGUUGCCAUGGCUUCUAUGGAAGGACUCUGCACCCACGAGCUGUAUAUGCCGGGUGUUGUUACGUACGCUUCACAGGGGCCCUUUGCACUGUCCAUUUUGUUCUCUAAAACACAAGUCUUGACAGCAUAUUUAUGUGUGUGAGAAAAUCACUUUUUAAAAAGCAAGACAAUAAGGAAAAAGCCAAAGUGUGUAUUUUAACUUUGAUGGGAAAUCUGUGUUUGGGUAUCUGCCUUUAAUGCAUAGAGCAUUUCUCACUUGAUGAAUGUUUUCCAUCUGAACAUUAUGCCUCCCUCAGCACAUUCUCAAACAGGAAUUUUUUUAAUUGAAUUGGCUGACAUUUGUCCUGCACUGUGAAGCCCUAUAUUAGGCUAAACACUGGUAUUUUUUUCAGCCAUUGCUGUAAGGAUGUAAGAAGACUUAGACAACCUAGCAAGCUCCAUUGUUAAUUUGUUUCAUCACCAAUGAAAAGACAUUUUUCUCAUAGUAAUUGACCCUGGCACAAGAAAUGAGAAGUGUAAGGAAGAACACUCUCUCUGAACGGCUUAGCGGAAGCCGUGCUACUUUGCUACAACUGAUGAAACUACACAGAAGAGCCCCCUAGCUUUUUUGGAGUGUGGUGGAAACAAGUCUGUUACUCUCUUUUUAUGAAACAAAGUUGUAAAGAGUCCAAUUUCAAAUCACACUAUGCUGCAUUUUUGUAGCGUUGCCCUUUUCCAUCCUGUCAAUCCCACAAAAGCAUUGGGCCUAAUCUUGUAAAUUUUCAUUUCAAUAUGAGACCAUUGAAGAUGUUCAUCACUUCAGAGAAUUCUUUGCUUCCCAGGAUCAGAUGUGCCUUCUUAACUUACACAGGCUCUGUCUUUAUUAAAUUGAAGUGAUUCUUUCCAGCUGGAAGUUCAGGCAUUUUCAAAUAUUAUAUCUGAAAUAGAAUUAUUUAAAAGCAGACUAAACAAACUUUCAUGACUCUCUAUACUUCAGAAGCAGUGGUAUUCUUAUGUGUUUUGUUUUGUUUUUCUCGAUCUAAUUUUAAACAACUGCAAACUUUGACCUACAAGAACAAUACGCUUUGCCCAAAUAUUGUGAAGCCAUUGUUCAAACUAUACAGAUAAAUCUAACUCAAAAUAGAUACUACUUUGAUUCUCUGGGCAGUUUUUAAAUGCAAUUGUCUUAAUUUAUUGAGCCUGUUAAUGGAAAACACGUUUUCAAAUAAUUGUUAGUAUUGUUAUGAUAAUUCCAUCCAUGAAAAUAAAGAAGUUAAAGUUGGAAUUCCUCUUUGGAGAGAAGAGUAAAUAAGGAAAAUCCUUUGGCUGAAAUUAAAUAAAGAUCCACCUUCAGCUAGGUACUAUUAAAAUGUGUAAUGCAUAUCUGAAAAUAUAGCACCUGCUUUAGAUCUGUAAGCACAUUUUUGUAUUGAUGAGAACCCAUUGGUAAUCACUUGACUGCCUUUAGUGUCAAAUUUCAGUGGUAUUUGUUUAACAUGCAUUAGUUUAGAUCCAAUUUUGAACUAACAUUAUAAAAAGAUGAUUUUAAACAUAAAUAUUUAAGCUGACAGUGUAUAUAACAUACCUCAGAUUUAAAAAAAUCAAGAUUUCUUUAUUAUUGUACUACUAAAGCUUCUUUUGCACUAGUCAGCUUUGUUUUUGUUUCCAAGUAGUAUCUAUUCCAUUUUACUUUCAGAUUCCAUGUACUAAUGAAUGCUGCCCUGUUUGCAACCCAUAUACUUCAGGGGAAUGGUAAUGGGUUUUUUUAAGCAGCACUGAGUGGAACUUGAGACAAAAAACACGCAAUGAUAUGAUUUCAUUUGGGUUCUGGAAGGGGUUUAUUUUUACAAGACUGAAAUUGUGGGCCAUAUUUGACCUGACAGGGCUCCUUUAAAUUGUUAUAAUACAGUGAAAAAUUUCCCCUGGGCUCCUUUCUCUCUGCCUUUCAUCUCUUCAACAUCCAUCUGUUUAGCACUGAGGAAUCAAAGUAACAACUAUGUUUUUUUCCCUUCCCAGAAAAACCUACAAUAAUUUUAUUCAAAUGUUCAGCCCAUUAAUAUAAGAAUCUAGCAAGCUCACAAUGGUCUUCAGUGUUCCUGAGCAUGGCAGAGCUUUCAAGUAGACAUUUAAGUUCUGUUCACUUAAGCAUGUCAAUUAGCUGGUCAUGGACAUACUGGAUCGCAGAUAUUGGACAGGUUGUAGUCUUCCAUUUGUUUACAGCAUAUGUACCAAUGACCCUCCUAAACCACCAUUUGAUUUAGUCAAAUUUUUCUUUGUAUUAAAAGGUUAGACAGCACUUUUCAGCUAUUCUCACUGUUUAGUAUAAACACCUUAAACGUUUGAACCCUAUAUGUAUUAUUUAUGGAAAUGUCAUUACUUCAUUAAAUGGGUAUCAUUUUAGGGUUCUGGCCUGCUGCCACUGAUCACAAGUCUCUGCAUUCUUUAUUUAAAUAAUUAAACUACCUCUAUUAAUGCAUGUCUUUAUAUAUUUCAUUCCAGAAAUUAAGUGAUUGUGUGUAUAUAAUGAAAUAUGUGUUUCUUUUUCAUUUCACAUAGCUUGAGAUAAUUUGUAUUUAUUACCAUCAGGGUUAUAAUUUAAACAGUAUUGCUGGAAAGAGUAUAAAUAGGAUAAACUAAAAUUUUGCUGGAACAUGCAGAGGAUAUUAAAUAAGUACCAGUACAUUUAAAUAAAAUGCUUGUGAGGCGUUGUUGCACAAAUACAUGUGAAGUGGUUCUGGUGCUAGGGUUAAGUGUGAAAAGACUUAAGAUCAGGGCAACCAAGCAGUCAUAGUACAAGCUGCCUAUACAGAUGCUGGUUCAUGUUUUAAUUAGCAAGUGUUGGAGCAGACUUGAUUAAUUGAGUCUUCUCUACGCUCCAAUUAAAGCAGUCUAGCAUCGCACCCCUAUCAUGUCUAUUAAGCAUCUGUGCAUUUUAAAAUAGGUGCCAGGACAUUUUAGCUAAACCUCAAUGGAUAAGGUUUAGCUAAAGCAUCCUGUUACCAUUUUUAAACAUGCAGGGACUUAACAGAUGCAAUGAUGAGGCUUUUUAAUUAGAGUGGCUCUCUGGGAACCACUCUAAUUAAAACACUUUCCUCCCCAGCCUGCACACUCCUCAGCACAUGUACAGGCAGCCUCAGCUUUGUAUUUCAAAGGGUACCCAUUUAAAGUCAGGCAUCUCUAGCUUUGUUUCCUUGGCAGAUGUUGUGCCUAAAACAUUGUCAGGAAUGUAAUACCAUAGCUCAGGGUCUAAUGUGGUGACAUAACAUCUUAAUUUCUGAUUUAAUAUAUGUGUUAAUAUAUGCAUUGGAAAUGGGAGUUUAUUUGCAAACUAUAAAAUAACUUCAUUGCUGAUGUAAGGUUAGAAACAUAACUGAUGUGAAAGCAGUAGAGUUAGUUUUUUAUGCAGUGAUUUUUUAAAAAUCAUUAAUUAAAUAAGCUCAACUAAUAAAAAUCAUUUUGUGCUAUGGUUGUUUUUGCCCACUGUCUACUGAUAAACAGUUAUAAUACAUUGGAGGAUGUAGAUACAGUUAUAAUACACUGGAGGAUGAUUAACUUGCUGAGAAAUAAAUUACAUUUAUAAACAUAUACUGAAUCCAGAAAGAUAUACAAGCAUCAAUAAAGUUUCCUUUGAAAUUGUUA